UGAUUGUCAUCGCGGAAACAGAAACUAAACAUCAGCCAAAACAAAAUGGGAGCGUCGCUGGAGACCCCCGCGAUGUGCCCCGUCUGCAACGUGCAGACCGGGGAGCCCGUCACCCUGAAGUGUAACCACCGGUUCUGCCAGCGGUGUAUCGGGGACUUGUGGAGCAUCACGCCGUCGGGGCCCUACCACUGCCCGCUGUCGAGGUGUAAUACGGUGUACCAGAGUCUGCCGUUUGACAGCAGCCUCAUCCGGCUGCCUGCUGCGAGCCGACGGACGCAGCCUCGCAGCUCCACAGACACAUCCAGUAAUGAUGAACAAACUAGAUUUGACUCGACACUGAGGAGGCCAUCACUGACCAGCCGACUCCUCGGGAAGAGAAAGGCCAACACACCUGUUCCUGAGCAACCUGAUACAAAGCGGGCAACUGUGGAGUCUCCCCGUAGUCAGUCCCCCAACAGGGAGAGUCCUACCAAUUCCCUGUUAAAUAAACCUGGGCAGUCGACAGAUGUGGACACAUCCAACAAAGCAGCAGCACAGUGUGAACGUGGUGAUGGUGCGUCUUCCAGCGAGAACUCUGACAGCAAGGCAGUACCUGCAAGUGAUGGGCCACAAGACAUCCCAGUUCAGCAGAGCAAGAGUAAACCAGAGGAAAUCGUCUUGCUGGAUGAAUCCGACAGCUCAGAUGAAGUAGAUUUAUGUGAAUCACCUCCUCUUGCAAACAACAAGAAAGACACAGAAGUGACAGGAGUUCCUGCACUGCUAAAGAAACCUGCCUCAUCUGUCAACUCUCCUGGGUUCUCAGUCCCAGAAGCGAAUGCAUCUCCUGUACAUCAUGCCGGCAAGGCACCUUUGAUAUUCAGUAAAAGUCCUCUGGCUGCUUCAGGAUCCCCAAGUGGUGUUGGCUUGUUCUCCAGGCCAGAGAACAAAACUAACAGCCCUGUGCCCUGUCAUUAUUGCCCUAAAACUGGGUAUCAGUCUGCAGUGAAGACCUGCCUGGUGUGUGGAGCCUCCAUGUGUACAGAGCACCUGCGCCCUCAUUUGGACUCCCCUGUCUUCCAGAAUCACACCCUGGUUGCUCCUGUGGAGGACAUUUCUCUCUGGAGGUGCCAGGAGCACCAGGAGAUAAACCGGAUCUACUGCCGGCAGUGUUCAGUGUGUGUGUGCACUGUUUGUACCGUCAUCGGCGCCCACCGCGACCACGUCUGCAUCAGCAUCAGAGAGGCAGAGAAGGAGCUCAGGGGGAACCUGAAAGAAGAGAUCAAACAACUGCAAGAAGCUGAACAGCAAGUGAAGAACAGAGUGACUGAGCUCACACAGAAGAAAGAGACGUUCAGAGUGGUUUUAAGUGAUGCAAGAAAAGGGGUGAAGCAGCAGUAUGGAGCCAUCAGAGAGGCCUUGGAGCAGGAGGAGCAAUCAGCUCUUCAGUGUGUGACGAAGGAAGAAAGCAAGGUUCUGGGAGGACUAGAGGAGAAACUCGGCCACCUCCGGAGCUCCCUGCAGUCCAUCCAACAAGGCCUCCACACGCUGGAGGGUCUGGCUGAUGCCAAAGGAGACACUCGCAUUCAGGACCAGGCCUUCAUCAUGGAAUACAGCAAGAUUGGCCAACUUGACAUGAGGAGCUGUGUGGGGCAGUUUGAGGCUCCAGAGGAAGUGGAUCGUGCUCGACUGCAAUGCCUGCAGAGGUGGACAGAGAAGCGGCUGGACACAGUUGUUAUCACCAUGCCCGGCAAAGACAGAGACCUCUACCGACUGCUCUAUGGCACCACCCCCUCCCUGGAUACAGAUACAGCCCAUCCGAAGCUGCAGGUGUCUGAUAAUAACAGGAGGGUGACCUACAGCGAAGCCCAGCAGGCCUACACCGAGCACGAGGCUCGCUUCAGCUCCUUCCCUCAGAUCCUAGCCUCCGGUGCCCUGGAGGGGGGCCGCUGGUACUGGGAGGCGAACGUGUCGGUGGAUGACGGCCGCUGGAAGGUGGGGCUGUGUGAGGGUCAGAUAGAGAGGAAAAGCCAAAAGGACAGCGCUCGUCUGGGGUUCAACAGUUACUCCUGGUGCCUGGCCUGUGACAAAAAGAAGGUGGAAGCCCUGCAUAACAAGAUAACGGCUCCUGUGGAUGCAGAUGGGCUGCAAAGAGUAGGAGUGUACCUUGAUUUUGAAGAAGGUAUUUUGUCAUUCUUUAAUGUGACACCAGGGGGCAGUCUAGCUUUAAUGCAUUCUUUCAAGCACAGUUUUAGCGGCCCUCUUUACCCAGCCUUCUCUGUGUCUAAGACACAGCUGGCCAUCUGUGAUCUGUUCCAGUCGUAAACCAAACAACAGUGACAUGUUAAUUCUGAUGACAAUUUACAGAAUGCAUGAAAGCAUCGUGCCUUUUCACAUGUUCAUUAAAAUGUGUAUAUUCCUUGCGUAUAAUAGUUCAGAUUUACUUUGUAUAUGUUGCUAAACUCAUGAAAAAAUCUUUGAAUGUGAUUUUUUUGCAUCAGAAUUUGAUAGUACUGUAACUGUCAUGAUAGUAAUGCUAUUCACUGUAGACUGUUACUGUUACAAAUACUUAUUUUUUGCCAGAAUUUUUAAUGUCUUUUUAAUUGGGUAUUCUCAGUUUACAAAUGAGCAGGUUUUUAAAUGUGACACGAGUUAAAAGCGCUGAUCAGUACAAAGUUAACUUGGAUAAUAUCAGGUGUUCUUUAUAUCUUGUCAUCUCUUCGCUCCUAUAGUGACCUUUUGUCUUUCUGCUGAAAUAAAAUGUCAAUUUCAAAAGCAAA